UUUAAGAUUUCCUUGCGAGAAGGACAUAGCCUUGACCUUUUUGAAAUCGGAAGCGCCAUUUGUUCUAGUGCGAAUUCGAGGUUGACCUCUCGUUUCUUUUAUUCUCUCAAAACAGACUCAACGUAGGUCUGAUACAUUCUCAAUACUGAUAAAAAAUGGCUCAGAUGUUGGCUAAGCCUGGGUCCACUGGACAGAUUCCCAUCUUGCCCAGAUCACCAUCAAGUCUGAUCAACAAAGCUGGGGUCAAGCCAGCUUUGAAAACUAUCUCAGAGAAAACUGAAACACCAUCAUCAUCUUCAUUAGGAAGGAAAUCAUCAGCAGACGCGACCAGGAGUGAUAUGGCUUCCAAUAAGGAGUCGUUUAAUAUAAAAGAUGUUGAGCACAAGGGAGAAUACUACAUCCAAUCGCAGCAGCUCCAUGCUGCCAAUGCCAACUCGAGGCUUGAGCAUCUGUGUGCUCUUGACAUUGACUCAGAGCCUGGAAGGAUUCGAAUGACUGGCAUCAUCUGUACCAUAGGUCCAGCAUGCCGAGAAGUGCCAAUGCUGCAGAAGAUGAUUGCGGAAGGAAUGAACAUCGCCAGGCUAAACUUUUCACAUGGAACGUAUGAAUAUCACAAAGGAAGUAUCGAGAAUAUCCGUAAAGCUGUGGAAGGUUUCUCUGAGCCUAGAUCAGUAGCUAUCGCCUUGGACACUAAGGGACCAGAAAUUAGGACAGGUUUGAUUCAUGGGAGUGGCACUGCGGAAGUGACAUUAGUGACUGGUGAAAGCAUCAAAGUGACCAUUGAUGAUGCCUUCAUGGACAACUGCAGUAAGGACGUCCUGUGGGUAGACUACCAAAACAUAGUGAAUGUGGUCAACCCUGGUUGUAGGAUCUUCAUUGAUGACGGCCUGAUCUCAAUCAUUUGCAAGGAGAAGGGCCCAGAUUUUCUGCUCUGUGAGAUAGAGAAUGGUGGAGUUCUUGGAUCCAAAAAAGGAUGCAAUCUUCCAGGGACGGCUGUUGACCUUCCAGCCGUUUCAGAGAAAGACAAGGCUGACCUCCAGUUUGGUGUGGAAAUGGGGGUGGACAUGGUGUUUGCUUCCUUCAUUCGAGAUGCUGAUGGCAUUAAAGAGAUUCGUAAAGCUCUUGGACCCAAAGGUACUAACAUCAAAAUCAUUGCCAAACUUGAGAACCAUCAGGGUAUUCGCAAUUUUAUGGAGAUCUUGGAGGAAACUGACGGUGUGAUGGUGGCCAGAGGCGACAUGGGCAUUGAGAUCCCCCCAGAAAAAGUAUUCCUGGCCCAGAAAAUGAUGAUAGGCUGCUGUAACAGAGCUGGAAAGCCAGUUAUUUGUGCCACACAGAUGUUGGAGAGUAUGACAACCAAACCUAGAGCUACCAGAUCUGAAACCAGUGAUGUGGCCAAUGCAGUUCUGGAUGGUGCUGACUGUGUCAUGUUAUCUGGAGAGACAGCCAAGGGCAAGUUCCCACUGGAGACUGUCAGACAUAUGCACAGAAUUUGCAGAGAGGCAGAAUCUGCAAUCUUCCACAGGAAUGUUUUUGAAGAUUUGAGGCGAGAGACUCCAUUGUACACAGAUUCUACUCAUACCAUCGCUAUAGCUGCUGUGGAGGCAUCUUUUACUUGUAUGGCAGCAGCCAUAGUUGUCUUGACAACUACCGGCAGAUCUGCCUAUCUUGUCUCUGCAUACCGUCCACGUUGUCCUAUCUUGGCUGUCACAAGGAAUGCCCAGACAGCUAGACAGGCACAUUUAUAUCGUGGUAUUUUCCCAAUACAUUAUGUAGCACCAAAGAUGAACGAGUGGACAGCAGAUGUAGACAGGAGAAUCUGGAAGGCCAUCAGUGUAGGACUGGAGAGGAACAUGAUCAAAGAAUCUGACCCUGUUGUCAUUCUGACUGGCUGGAAGCCUGGAUCAGGGGCCACAAAUACCAUGAGAAUCAUUGCUGCUCACAAUGAAAUGGACAAGGAGUUGCUUCCUCCUAUUGUGGGCAUGAGCUCUGUCCCGUCCUUCAGUAGAAUGAAGGAUAUGACUGAAGAGUUCUCUGCCAUAUCCGUAGCAUCAGACGAGAGUGGAGAUGUCAAGUUUUUCUAAAUGUCUUUCCAUAGUAACUUUUUUUUUUCUUCUUUCAACAAAAUCAUUAGAGGCAAACACUUGUGUGGCAUGUUGACACUGCCUUAAAUUCCAAUGACUGUGUUCUCUCAAUUAGUCCAUGCAUGUACUUAUGUCUACAGCUGAGCUAAAAAAAAAAUUUCAAAAAUCAACAAACCAUCAACAUUGAUUGUCCUGCCAGCUUCGGUUGAACUUUUUUUUUUCCCUUCUUGUAGUACUUAUUUGUGCUAGCUUGCCUCCUAAGCUUUAGCUGUACAUGUCAUUGUUCAUGUCCUAUGCAGACACCUUUUUUUUUUUUUCACAUGUGUUUGCACGAAAAGAUUAUGAAAAGAUAAAGUUUUGAAAAGGUAACAUUAACAAACAUGUUGGAAUUUAAUGAAAUCAGGAAUGACUAGAUCAACACAUGAAUAUGCAUAGGAGUAGUUAUCUUCUUUUGAAGGAAAGUCUGUACUGGAUAAGAUAAGAUAAUGUUAUUCAGAAAGCCUUGUUGAUUGGGAGAAUAUAAGGAGUGUUUUGAAAUGCAAAGACUGUGACUAUAAUCAUACUCAGACCUUUGUCUACCAUCAAAUCAGGAUGGUACUCAGAGGCUUUUAUUUUAUUUUGCUGGUUUGCCUUUGCGUUAGCCUUUUUUUAUAAGACAAUUUUUUUUUUCAUGUUAGCCCUUUGUAUAGUGACAGCCUAAUAGAACAUAAGUCUCUUUUUUGAUACAAGCUUUCCAGUUGUAUGUCCAUGUACCAGAUUUCAUCCUGUAAUUAUUAUGCAUGUAGUUAAUUUAUUACAGUCACCUUUUAUUUGGAGUCUUACUAUUUUAUGUAUUUAUAUCUAUAGAGUUUUGUUUCUAGUUCUUGAGAUUAAUGGCAGUGCUUCUCAAAUUAGUGAGUUGUUUGCUCCCACUCUUUUUUUUUUCCCCAAAAAAUGUUUCUUUAUUUGUGGAGGGCAUUACUCACCAGUUGGGGAGAUACUGUCUUAUUUAAGUAUCCACCAGUUUCUAAGACCUGGGUGUACAUAUAUUUAUAUAGAAAGAAAAAACAACAGCUUAUUUUUUUGUAUCUUUUAGUAUAAAAGUCAAAAAGCCUGAAGCCAAAAGUAGGCUUUUUUCUUUUUUUUUUUUUUUUUUACUAGUUAGUUUUAAUUAUUCACUAGUUUGGAGAAAGAAAAAAAAAAAGAUGGGUUGACAUUUGCUAGGGCAUUUUUCUUACAGUUAAAGGCCAUGUACAGAACUCCAGCCAAUGUUGUAAAUCUGUUGACUUCUAGAGAAGCAAGUAAUUUAACCACACACAAAAAAAAUGUAUGUCCAAAUCAUGACACUAUCUUGAAUAUCAAAAAAAAAAAAUGUGAUAUUUUCUUGUGUGUUUCAAACCAUUGGCUUUGAUUCUAUGAUUGUUGGGUUGUGUGUUGAUGGACGCUAGAAUUUGUAACGCAUUAAACACUUUUUUUUUUCUUGUGAGUUGAACAAAAAAAAAGCCUUUUUUAAAUUUA